ACUCAACGAUUGAUUAAUUUUAUUUAUUCUGUUUGCUAUGUUAGAUGGGCCCGCGGUUGUCCGCGUCAACAUAUUUGUUCGAAGUAUCUCAAAAAUAGAUGUACGUUACUAUGAUGAGCCGACAAAUGUGAUGGUCAACAUCUUUCUCCGCUCUAUCAGCAAAAUAAAUGAUUAUAACAUGGAAUAUUCUGUACAGUUAACAUUCCGGGAACAAUGGCUGGAUGAACGAUUACGAUUUAAUGAUUUUGGAGGUCGUCUAAAGUAUUUAACAUUAACGGAUGCGAGUCGUGUUUGGAUGCCAGAUCUGUUCUUUUCGAAUGAGAAAGAAGGACAUUUUCACAACAUUAUUAUGCCGAACGUGUACAUUCGUAUUUUUCCCAAUGGUUCCGUUCUAUACAGUAUACGAAUAUCCUUAACAUUAUCAUGCCCGAUGAAUUUAAAAUUGUACCCCUUGGAUCGACAAGUUUGCUCAUUGCGUAUGGCAAGUUAUGGUUGGACAACCGAUGAUUUGGUUUUCUUAUGGAAGGAAGGAGAUCCUGUCCAAGUUGUUAAAAACCUACACCUGCCUCGGUUCACGUUGGAGAAAUUUUUUACCGAUUAUUGUAACAGCAAGACGAACACUGGAGAGUACAGCUGCUUGAAAGUUGACUUGCUCUUCAAGAGAGAAUUCAGUUACUAUCUUAUUCAAAUCUACAUUCCCUGCUGCAUGCUCGUCAUUGUAUCCUGGGUAUCGUUCUGGCUCGAUCAAAGUGCUGUACCAGCUCGAGUUUCACUAGGUGUGACCACCUUGUUGACGAUGGCUACACAAACGUCAGGAAUAAAUGCCUCACUGCCACCAGUCUCUUAUACAAAGGCUAUCGAUAUUUGGACAGGCGUAUGCUUGACCUUUGUAUUCGGCGCUCUCCUCGAAUUUGCUCUAGUAAAUUAUGCGUCGCGGAGCGACAUGCACAGCGAUAACAUAGAGAAAAAAUAUCCACCGUCUGAAACGGAACAAUCCACAUCGAUGGAUCUACCCUCUGAUCAAGUCGAACCAGAUAAUUCGUCAAAUUUCGCUAUGACCGGAUAUGAUGGACCACUUCAACAUUCUCUACAGAAACCUCUGGUCCGACAACCGGAGGAUACCAUGUCGGUGGAUAGGAUGCAGCACUGCGAAUUACAUAUGCAACCACGAAAAAAAAACUGCUGCAGGUCGUGGCUGUCCAAGUUCCCGACGAGGUCCAAGCGCAUCGACGUCAUCUCACGGAUCUUCUUCCCCAUCGUAUUCGCUUUCUUCAAUCUCGCGUACUGGUCCACGUACCUGUUUCGGGAGGAAGAGCAGAACGAGUGAACGUCGACGAGGAAGCGCUGGGAUCAAGGAACGUGGCUCGCGGCCAUUCCCGUCAUUCUCACACCACAACCACAACAAGCACAACAACCGCCAAACCUCAUCAUCGUUCGCGCCCACGCCACCAACAUCAUCACCAGCCCACGUAUCACAGUUGUCGCCUCCAUCAUCAACACUAUCAACACGGUAGCCUGCAACAGUCGCAGCAACAGCCGCCGCCACCGCCUCCCGCCCCAUCGGGCGUUCAACACCAAUCGUUACCAUCAUCCCACCACCACCACCACCACCACCACCACCACCACCAGCACCAGAGGCACAAACACCAUCCGCGUUAUCACAUACAUCAGGCGCAGCAACCGAGAUCACCCUCGUUCUCGUCGUUGCACAACGCGGAAGGUGGCAGCGGUCGAUGCUCGCCAAGGGGUUCGCGGCACUCGUGCAAAAGCCCUGCGAGAUCCUCACCCUCACCCUCGCCCUCGCCCUCCCCCUCGCCAACCACGUCUCGCAGGGCUACGCCCUCCCCGCCCGCGGCGACUGUUCGCACGACCCCACCUCAAGACAUACGCCGUUUUCAACCGUUUCCGCUUCCUCGUACCGAGAGGUGUUGUUGGGGUCUUUUACCGCGGCGUUGGUUCACGUGUCGAGCGAAAGGUACCGCCGGGAUCGACUUCGUCUCGCGUAUCGCUUUCCCUCUCAUGUUUAUCUUGUUCAAUUUGGGAUACUGGUCCACCUAUCUGUUCGCGGGUGACGA